AAAAGAUCCCUGUAAUGCGUGGACAGUGGUUUAUUGAUGGCACAUGGCAACCUCUGGAGGAGGAGGAAAGUAACUUAAUAGAACAGGAGCAUCUCAACCGCUUCAAAGGCCAGCAGCUGCAGGAGAGCUUUGACAUGGAAGUAUCAAAACCUGUUGAUGGGAAGGAGGCUAUUCAUAGUCUAAAGUUGAGUCGGAACCACGUGGACUGGCACAGUGUGGAUGAAGUGUAUCUGUACAGUGAUGCAACCACAUCCAAAAUUGCAAGGACUGUUACACAAAAGUUGGGGUUUUCCAAAGCUUCCAGUAGUGGGACAAGGCUACAUAGAGGCUAUGUAGAAGAAGCCACAUUAGAAGACAAGCCGACUAGUCACAUUGUGUUUGUUGUGCAUGGUAUUGGGCAGAAAAUGGACCAAGGAAGGAUCAUCAAAAACACAGCGAUGAUGCGAGAUACUGCCAGAAAAGUGGAAGAAAAGUAUUUUUCCAACCUUGCAACACAUGUAGAAUUCCUUCCAGUGGAAUGGAGAUCAAAACUGACCCUCGAUGGAGACACUGUGGACUCCAUUACCCCGGAUAAAGUCCGAGGUUUGCGGGAUAUGCUGAACAGCAGCGCCAUGGAUAUCAUGUACUACACGAGUCCUCUGUACAGAGAUGAACUGGUGAAGGGGCUGCAGCAGGAGCUGAACCGGCUGUACACGCUCUUCUGCUCCCGGAAUCCGGAGUUUGAGGAGAAAGGAGGGAAAGUCUCCAUCGUGUCCCACUCACUGGGCUGUGUCAUCACCUACGACAUCAUGACUGGCUGGAAUCCAGUCAGGCUUUAUGAACAGUUGCUGCAGAAGGAAGAGGAGGAGCUGGAAGACCGUUGGAUGAGCUACGAGGAGCAGCGUUUACUUGAGGAACUUUACCUAACUAAACAACGGUUGAGAGAGAUAGAAGAGAGGUUACAUGGGUUAAAGGCAUCCACCAUAGCAAAACCACCUGUCUUAAAAUUUAAGGUUGAGAAUUUCUUCUGUAUGGGAUCUCCAUUAGCAGUGUUUUUGGCACUGCGUGGCAUCCGUCCAGGAAACAGUGGGAGUCAGGACCAUAUUCUACCCAGGACAAUUUGUAAUCGCUUAUUAAAUAUUUUUCACCCAACAGAUCCAGUGGCCUAUAGGUUAGAACCUUUAAUUCUGAAGCACUACAGCAACAUUUCUCCUGUCCAGAUCCACUGGUACAACACGGCAAACCCUCUCCCUUACGAGCACAUGAAGCCAAGUUUCCUCAACCCCACAAAAGAACCUACCUCAGUUCCUGACAGCGAGAGCGCUUCGGCGGCGCCGAGCCCGACCACGUCCCCGGUGAUGGUCCGGCGGCACUACGGGGAGUCCAUCACAAACAUAGGCAAAGCCAGUAUAUUGGGAGCUGCGAGCAUCGGGAAGGGCCUCGGAGGGAUGCUUUUCUCGAGGUUUGGCCGAUCCAGCACAACCCCACAGACAAUGGAGACGGGAAAAGAAGGAGCUGAGGGAGAGGACAAGAAGGCCACAACUGUUGGGACACCACCUUUACCCCACAGCAGCUCGGGCUUCCUCGAACCCACAGUGGAACUGGAGCACAGGAUCGACUUUGAGCUCAGGGAAGGUCUCGUGGAGAGCAGGUACUGGUCCGCAGUCACAUCCCACACUGCUUACUGGUCAUCCCUGGAUAUUGCUCUGUUCCUUCUAACCUUCAUGUACAAACAAGACCAGGAGGAGACUGACAAAUCCAAUUUAGACACUAUUUGAAUUUCUGACCGUGGAUGGGAAAGGAACUUUUCAAACCAGUGGCACAAAACGGAUGUUUGACUGCAGAGCUGCAGCGUCCCAAGGCAUGGAGGUUUCAGGUUUAAGUGCAUGUUUGGAGGUUUUUUUCCUGUUUCUAAAGAGGAAAAAUGAUUUGUAUUUCGAAGCACUUUAUAGUUUUAAACAUUUUGCAGUGCUUGACCAGACCUGAAAGGGUUCCAAACUCUUGUUAACGUGGGCUGUGUAAAGAGCCAAAUCCAGUGUGUCCAUCCCGUAAGCACGUCGUGCAGUGUGCUUGGGUGACAUCCUUGCUAAUGACCAUAAUUGCUGUUUAGUUCGUUAAACUGUACAAAAAUUAGUUGAUUUAAAAAUAAAACCCACUAAAUUAAUUUCCAGUAACAAAAAUACAUAGUUCAAUGCAAACCUAAAACUGCCAUGUUCUGAUGUUUUAUGUACUGGUGAAUAACCAAUGGUGGUGUCAUUUUUCCAGGACUUUUUUCAGCUCCACAUCCAAUUAUCCACAUUGAAAGCCCAUUCUGACUGCUGGCUUCUGGGGGCCUAUUCUACGUGACACAUUUAGAAAACUAAUGCUGAAGGAAAAAAAAAAAAAGCAUGAGGCAAAUAUUUGAAAUACUGUAAUUAUAAUUUAUUAUUCUCUCUAAUCGUUUCAUUUUAUUCCAGUGUAUAAAACAUGACUUUUUUACUGGUUUCUUUUGACAUAAUUUAAGAACCACAUUUAUUUUCUACAGUGUUUAAGACUUUUUCUCAGAAAUACAUAUCUUUGUACUACUAUUCAAAUGAAUAUAUGGACACUGUGGCACACUUUAAGUAUUUUUUCAUUAAAAAUAAAUAUUUGUGGUUUCACACAAA